CUCAUUCUAUAAAUUAAUUAAUCUAGGGCACAUAGAAUUAGGAUUAAUUAGAGGUGGCCGGGAGAGCUAGAGAUGGCAAAAAUCGGUUGCUUUUCUUUGGCAGUCUUGGUGGUUGCCGGAAUACUAUUGAUGAUCUCAUCGUCCGGCAAUGGUGAGCAAGUGAUAAUGGGCAAAGGUUGUGAGGGUGAUGUGCUAGGGCUUGCGUCACAGUGCGAGAAGUAUGUGCGUAAAUCGGGGCCGAAGAUUAAGCCAUCGUGGGGCUGCUGUGCGGUGGUCAAGAAUGCUGACGUGCCAUGCGUGUGCAGUUUAGUUAACAAAGAAAUCGAGCAGGUGAUUGAUAUGGAGAAGGUGGUCUACGUGGCUCGCAGCUGUGGUAAAACAGUUGCACCAGGAACUAAAUGUGGAAGUUAUUCUGUCCCACCGCCACAGGCAUGAAAUCAAGUCGAAGAAAAAGAGGGGGAAAAUAACGAUGGUGCUUAAUUACGUAUACGACAUGUCUUUCAGUGUACUCAGCACACUAUCAUAUAUUGUUUUCCCUAAGUAAUAUUGGUCUACCAAUUAACUAAGAAGUAAUGGAGAUUUGUACUCGCUUUGAAUAUGAUAC